UUUCUUCCUUUUUUCCUGUGCUCUCAGUCUCAGACAGCCAGCGUUCAGCAGAUUACUGAAAAUAGAAUCUGUUUCUGAUUACAGAUUACAUUAUAGUAACAGUAAAAGGCCCUAUAUAUAGGAUGUCAUGUGUGUCAUCCUAGAGCUCUGACGAGGAGGAGUAGUAGGAAGGAUCGGAGGACCAAAAUCCAGCGUGGUAUGUAUCCAUAAUAUAAUUUAAUGAGACUGAAUACAAAAGAACAAGAGCACGGGCGGGCGGCUCUGGCAGCUCAGGACAGACGGGCGGCUCUGGCAGCUCAGGACAGACGGGCGGCUCUGGCAGCUCAGGACAGACGGGCGGCUCUGGCAGCUCAGGACAGACAGGCGGCUCUGGCAGCUCAGGACAGACGGGCGGCUCUGGCAGCGCUGAACAGGGGGGCGGCUCUGGCAGCGCUGGACAGGAGGGAGACUCUGGCAGCGCUGGACAGGAGGGAGCACCUGGAGGGAGGAGACGGAGAGACAGCCUGGUGCAUGGGGCUGCCACCGGAGGCCUGGUGCGUGGAGGAGGCACCGGAUGGACCGGACCGUGGAGGCGUGGAGGCGCACUGGAGGUCUUGAGCACUGAGCCUGCACAACCUGUCCUGGCUGGAUACUCCCCGUAGCCCGGCCAGUGCAGCGGGGUGGAACAGACCGCACUGGGCUGUGCUGGCGAACUGGGGACACCGUGCGUAGGGCUGGUGCCAUAUACCCCGGGCCGAGGUGAUGCACUGGAAACCAGAUGCGCUGAGCCGGCUUCAUAGCACCUGGCCUAAUGCCCACUCUAGCCCAGCCGAUACGAGGCGCUGCGAUGUAGUGCACCAGGCUAUGCCUGCGCACUGGGGACACUGUGCGCCUCACGGCAUAACACGGUGCCUACUGGACCACGGUAAGCACGGGGAGUUGGCUCAGGUCUCCUACCUGACUUAGCCACACUCCCCGUGUGGCCUCCCCCCCAAUACAUUUUUGGGGCUGCCUCUCGUCCCUGUUGCGCUGCCGUGCUAACUCCUCAUAAUGCCACCUCUCGGCUUUGGCUGCCUUCGGCACUCCCCGGGGGCGGCGAUAUUCCCCAGCCUGUGCCCAGGGUCACUUUCCGUCCAAAAUCUCCUCCCAUGUCCAGGAGUCCAGAAACCUCUGCUCCUGGUUACCACGCUGCUUGGUCCGGUUGUGGUGGGUAGUUCUGUAAUGGCUGUCGUGGGUUGAAGAAGGUGAAGAGGAACAAAAUGCAGCGUGCAGUGACUCCUGCACCCGUCUGCUGUUCCUUGGUCACCGGUAUGUUCGCUGCGGCGACUAAGAACUUUGUGAAGCAGGUGGGAGACACAGGUCGGUUGAUCCCUGUACCGAGCCUGAGUGAGGCUGACCGCUACCAACCCCUCAGCCUGGUCACCAGGAAGAGGAAGAGACACUUCUGGAAGAAAACCAAGUACGCCUCAACCCCCUUCUCCCUGAAAGACAUCCUGGUGGGGGAGAAGGAGAUCACAGCAGGGGUGUCGUCCUACCAGCUCCUGAACUAUGAGGACAAGUCUGACGUGGCCCUGAACGGCAGAUUAGGGAACCACCUGAUGAACGACGUGGGGUUCAACAUCAGUGGUUCAGACUCUGUGGCUGUCAAAGCCUCCUUUGGGAUCGUCACCAAACACGAGGUAGAGGUCCCAACUCUGCUCAGGGAACUCAACUCCAGGAAAGUGGAUCUGGAUCACUGUCUGAUUCGUCAGUCCAAAGAAAGUGGGCGGAGUGUUCUCUGCAUUGUCAUGGAGAGCAUCCGUACGACGCGUCAGUGUUCUCUCACUGUCCACGCUGGCAUGAGACGGACGACUAUGAGGUUUCAGAUUGAUGAUGGUCAAAACCCCAAAGGUCGAGACAAGGCCAUAGUGAUCCCAGCUCACACCACCAUCGCAUUCAGCAUCUUUGAACUGUUUGUUCGAUUGGAUGGACGACUUGAUAUCUGUGUAAGCCCUGAGUCGUUGGGCGGAUUUGAGAAGGAGCUGAUCAGAGAGCAGCUGGGUGGUUUCAUUGGUCGAUUCUCUAUGGGACGGCUACGCAGGUUCCUGUCUGGGAUUGUGUACGGAAACCCCUUCAGAGCAGACGACAGGACGUUUGAGGAGCUCACCCACACCCACUCAGACACCUACAUGGACGACGUAGUGACAGACUACUAUGAAAAGGCAGCCAGCAUGACGGACGUCUCCUCCACCUACCUGCGAGGGGACUCCCACUCCCGUGUCAACCUCCUCAACCACAACAUUCCCAAGGGCCCCUGUGCCCUGUGUGGCCGGGGCCAGACACCGAGGGAGACGGUAUACGGCUGUCUGGAGUGCUCCUCCGGCGGGCACAAGUACGUCAGGCUACACGUGGUGCCUUGUUUCGACCUGUGGCACAAGACGCUCAGCUGAAGAGAUGGACUCAGGAAGAGAGAGGGAGGGAGAGAGAGAGAGGUCAUCCCUGAUUAGACAUAUAGUACCUAGCUAAUAGCCCUGUGCCAUACUGACAGUCAGAAAACUGGGGCUGGCCAAUGUCUGUAGUACUGUAUCUUAUUUGGAGCUUCCCUCCACUCCCCCUCAAUGGAUCCUCUCAAGUGACUCCCUCCGUUAGUCUACAUUGGUCUCCUCUACUCUAUUCCAUCUCUAUUCCAACUAUUUCAUCUACACUUGACCUUGUUGUGGCCUCAUUCUGCUGGUUUCAAAGUGUGUCAUCAGGUCUUUUGGGUCAUCACCUGAUGUUCAGUGUUUGUAGUGGGGUGUUUUGACCUCACCAGGUCAGUGGGACAUUGUAAUGGUGAAAAGAGAGUGAAGAGGCUGUAAAUCUACAUUCAUACUGCCAUGGUUACGUGACAUGGAUUCUCCUUUGUUGUUAUGUUUUUGUGACAUUUCGUUUUCUAUGGCUGGAUUAUUUAUUUUUAAAUAAAGAUUGAGGUUUUCUCUGUA